GCCAUGUUUGCCAUGGCGCAGGGAGCGGAUCGAGCCAACAAAACCCGGAUCUAGGCGCUAGAAACUGCCGCCCGGAGCGACACUUUCCGCCCCUCACCGUGUCUCGGGGGCCCCAUGAGUCGGCGGGGGGUGAGCUCGAGCGGUUUGGGGGGGUCCUUCUGACCGACAAUUUUUAGUGUUUUUUUUUUUUUUUUAAUUUUUUUUUUUUUUUUUUUUUAUCCCUCGCCCCCUCCCCCUCCCGGCUGUGGCGACAAUGAGUAAACUGUCGUUUCGAGCGCGGGCACUGGAUGCCACCAAGCCGUUGCCCAUCUACCGGGGCAAGGACAUGCCCGACCUCAAUGACUGCGUGUCCAUUAACCGGGCCGUGCCGCAGAUGCCCACGGGGAUGGAGAAGGAGGAGGAAUCGGAACAUCACUUACAGCGCGCUAUCUCGGCACAGCAAGUUUUUAGAGAAAAGAAAGAAACCAUGGUCAUUCCUGUCCCCGAAGCCGAGAGCAAUGUCGUCUACUACAGUCGCCUGUACAAAGGAGAAUUUAAACAGCCCAAGCAGUUCAUUCACAUUCAGCCGUUUAAUCUGGACAAUGAGCAGCCAGAUUAUGAUAUGGACUCGGAAGAUGAGACGUUGCUUAACCGACUCAACAGGAAGAUGGAAAUCAAACCACUGCAGUUUGAAACUAUGAUUGAUAGGCUGGAAAAGGCAAGCUCCAAUCAGCUUGUCACUCUUCAGGAAGCAAAGUUGCUGCUAAACGAGGAUGAUUACCUUAUCAAAUCUGUGUAUGACUACUGGGUAAGAAAACGGAAAAACUGCAGGGGGCCUUCCCUCAUCCCCCAAAUCAAACAAGAGAAGCGCGACGGGUCCACCAACAAUGACCCGUAUGUUGCAUUCCGGCGGAGAACUGAGAAGAUGCAGACGCGGAAGAAUCGGAAGAACGAUGAAGCCUCUUAUGAGAAGAUGUUGAAGCUCAGGAGGGAGUUUAGCCGAGCCAUUACUAUUUUGGAAAUGAUCAAAAGAAGAGAGAAGACAAAGCGGGAAUUGUUGCAUUUGACAUUGGAAGUGGUUGAGAAAAGGUAUAAUUUGGGCGACUUUGGAGGUGAAAUUUUGAAUGAAAUUAAAAUUCCGAAAGUCGAGAAGGAGGUUCAUCCCAUUCCAACGUCUCUUCACAAUGGCAACCAUCACAGAGUUUCUGAAAGCAAAUCUAAGAAUAAUCAUCAUCCUUCUCUGAAAGAGGAUGUAGAAGUAGUCAGGAUAAAGAAGAAAUACCCAAAGAAGCCAAAAGCAGAGCCCAUUGUGACCCCUCUGCCACAACCAGCCUCAGAGCCAUUGCCAGUAAUUAACAAGAGCGAUAUCAAGCAGUAUGACUUCCACAGCUCCGAUGAUGAGGAGUUUCCACAGGUACCCUCUCCGGUGUCUGAGCUGGAAGAAGAGAAUGACCCCGAUGGGCCAUUUGCCUUCCGGAGAAGAACUGGAUGCCAGUAUUAUGCCCCACGAUUGGACCAAAUUGAUGAUCCUUCCGAUUUGUCAGGAUUGGCUAGGCUUCGGUAUAAGCAUUGCUUAACCACUCUUACAGUCCCCAGACGGUGUAUAGGGUUUGCAAGAAGACGACUGGGCCGAGGUGGAAGGGUUAUAAUGGACCGGUUAUCCACACAGCACGACUCCACCCUAACGCAGCUUGACCCCGAAAUGUUGUCUACUUUUUCAAGCUCUUCCGAAAUUGCACAUUCACCUCCCGAUAUCUCAUGGACCAAUGCUUCCGAUAACCAUUGUGAAAACAGACUGUCUCUAUCUGAUAUCUUAAGCAAUAUUAAGUCGUGUCGACUGCAGUGUUUCCAGCCAAGGCGAAUACAUUUUCAAGACGGCGAUGGCGAAGAAUGUACCUCAAGGCUAGUAGGACAUGCCAUGAGCAUUAAGCGAGCGUUACUGAGCACCAGCAAGAACGGACUGACAGUCACAGGGGGCAUCACAGAAGAACAGUUCCAGACGCAUCAGCAGCAGUUAGUACAGAUGCAAAAACAGCAGCUGGCGCAGCUCCAACAGAAGCAGCAAUCCCAGCAGUCGUCACAGCAGAUCAAUCCAAACGCACAGGGCCUUGGUAAUUCUGACUGCAUGUCCAAGACACUGGACUCCGCUAGUGCCCACUUUGCUGCAUCCGCCGUUAUUAAUUCGCCUACACCAGGACGCAGUGAAGUGAACAAGGAUCAAAGUACCAGCCACAGCAACCUGAACGGCGUCGUACAACAUCCAGGAGGGGCUAACAAAACGCUGUACUCUGCAAACGUGGCGCUAUCAUCCAGCCCAGGGAUCUCCACCGUUCAGCUUGUUCGGACAGUUGGACACCCCACCUCUAACCACUUAAUCCCAACAUUGUGCACAAGUAGUCCCCAGACUCUUCCUAUGAGUAACUCCUGCCUAACGAACACCGUUCACUUCAACAACCUCAGUGUUGUGUCACCUGUCAAUGUGCAUAUCAAUACAAGGACUUCUGCACCAUCUCCCACAGCCUUAAAACUCGCCACAGUUGCUGCCAGCAUGGAUCGAGUGCCAAAGGUUACUCCAAGCAGUGCCAUCAGCAGCAUAGCCAGAGAGAACCAUGAACCAGAGAGGUUGGGCCUGAAUGGAAUCGCAGACACAACAGUAGCAAUGGAGGUGACAUAACUUCAGACCAUGGACUUGACCUGACCUUUUUUUCAGACAUUAUUUUUUAUUAUUUUUUCCCUCCACCUAAAUGCAACCUGCAAUGCUCUUUGGACCAGAGCGUGCUUACCAUGGACCUAAAUGGACUCUCGAAGUGUAUGGGAUGUUUUCCCGAUAUACUAUUCUGUGUACAUUUUGUAAAAUUGGAAGAAGAAAAAUCACUACCUUGUAAAAUAGUUUAUUUGUAUCAUUCAUAUUAUUUCUGUUACUUGAAUAGUACAUAUUCAUCAUCAUGCUUUUGCACUUGAAUUUGCAACUGAAUGGAUAUAAAAAAAACAAAAACAAUCUUUAAUGGGAUCAUGAGCAUGAAACGGGGUCCUGCAUCACUUGUUUUAACUAUUUAUUUGCCAUGUUUACAUUUUGUAUCUUGUACAAAUAAAUCUGACUUGUGUCUAAAAAGUUAAAGUGCCCCCGUCGCCUAUGCCGAGUGCAUUUGCAGGCCGGGCCGGACCAAGGUUUGGCGCCCCUACCCAAAAGCCAAUGACGUUAGGGAGGCGCCUUGACGAGUUUCAGCUCUGAUGGCUGCCUCCGCCUAUGGCAAAGCGAUGGGUCCACUUUAAAGAUUCAUCGGUAGAAAAUUCUUGUACUUUUUUUUUUUUUUCUAAAGGAAAUGUAAAGUUUUGCUUCACAA